AUGUCAACAUCCAUUAUACAACUGCUAGCUUCUGAAAAACAUAAGGGCGAUAAUUACGGAACUUGGAAAUCAAAUAUUAACACGAUACUAGUAAUAGAUGAUCUUCGAUUUGUUUUAACGGAGGAGUGUCCUCCAUCUCCUGGUCUCAAUGCAAACCGAACAGUUCGAGAUGCGUAUGACAGAUGGGUCAAAGCUAAUGAGAAGGCUCGGGUUUAUAUUUUAGCCAGUAUAUCUGAUGUAUUGUCUAAGAAACAUGAAAGGUUAGCUAUUACAAGAGAGAUCAUGGACUCUUUGCAGGGCCUGUUUGGAAAAUCGUCCACAUCUGCCAUGCAUGACACAAUUAAAUUCGUUUACAACUUCAUAAUGAAGGAAGGAACCUCUAUAAAGGAACAUGUUUUGAACAUGAUGGUUGAUUUUGAUGUUGCAGAAUUGAACGGAGUCGUCAUGAAUGAGAAGAGUCAAGUUGCAUUUAUCAUGCAGUCUCUUCCGAAGAUCUUUUUUCAAUUCAAAAUGAAUGCAAUGAUGAAUAAGAUUGAGUAUAACUUGACAAUUGUUCUCAACAAACUCCAGAUUUACAAAUAUAAAGGUUAA